AUGCCGACGACGAAGCAUGCGCAAGGAGAUGAAGAGGGGGCUCCGGCCAAACACGACCAGAAGCAGCAGUCACAGAAACAGCCGCAAGACACGGCAGGGGAUCGCAGGGAAUCCGCAGCAGACAUUGGGCACGAUAUGUCAGACGUUUCAGCUCCAUAUCUUCCCAGAAUCCUGUCUAUAAUGGGCAUGACAGUUCUGCCAGUAGCAUACUGCAUUUUAUCCGUCCUCUUCGCCGAGAUCGUAAAACCGCAAGACUCAGUGUGCCGCUCGGAAGCAUGUCGCUCUACGGCGAAGUUCAUCGAGAGCAGCAUCAACGUGCACGUCCGGCCUUGCUCCGACUUCUACGAGUUCGUCUGCAGCGGAUGGGAGAGCACGUAUCCGACGGACGCCUCUACCAUGAUAACGCUGGUUAAUCUAUCCCUGUACAUGCCAAGCGGAACAAACCACCCGCCCAACAUCAUCAAGGCCAUCUCGUUCCACGAGUCUUGCGCGACUACCUUUGCUGGACCACCAGAUUCCAGCAUCGACGAAAUCAAAAGCUUCUUGACCGACGACCUGCGAUUCAACUGGCCGACAGUGCUGCCCAACUCGCAAGAAUUCUUCAGGAUUCUCGUGGAGCUUCAGCUGUCCUACCUCAUACACCCGUUUGUCGACCUGAGCUUCGACAGCGGCAUGAGCAAUUUGAGGCUGGCCAUAGAAGACCGCUACCACCCGUGGUAUUUGAGCUACGCUGCCACCUCUAACUUGAACUUUCGCUCACACCUCAUGAACGACGUACUAGGCGAAGUGUUCCAGCAGACGCUGCCCGUGGGCAUAGUCUCGAACAUAACAUACGUGGAAGACGAGAUCAGAAUGGUGACGACUGGGGACGACGAGCUGCUGGUUGUGAGGCUGAGGGUGCUCUCGCAGGAUCCAUUUAAAGUAGGCUGGCAGCUCUUGCGCGCCUUGGGGAACUAUUUUGAUCCAGAGCAGAAACGACUGCUCAUCAACAAAGUGGUCGCUCGGGUUUCCGAUCUCGCAGUUCUAAAGAAAACUCUAUCUUUGAUGAACGAAAAGAGCACUUUGCCAGCCAUGUCAAGCUAUAUGGCCUGGGUGAUUGUAGAGACGCUCGGUCGGCACACGAGCCCUGCUCUCCGCAAGACCAUGAUGGAAACUGCUAAACGCUUCAGGGUUACCAACGUGACGGAGCACAUUUUUCGGGUGGACGUGUGCUACUACGAAACGUAUCGCCUGUUCGCCUUGGUGCUUGACCGCUACAUGUACCAAAAAUUUGACAAGGAUAUCAUUUCCGAUUGGGAAGAGAUCGUCGUCAACGCUAAAAGGUACGUGAGGGCUCAACUAGAAGAUCUGUACUGGAUGGACGCUAAGACCUUAAGCAAGAUGCAAACACGAAUUCGUAAUCUCGUCAGUGAAGUCGGCAUCCUGUCGCGAUUCAGGUACGAGGAUGUGGAGGAAGCCUACACGCGGUUGCCGGAUAUCGACAGCACCAUUCCCUUCACGACCCUGUACGUCAGCGUGCUGGAUAGCCUGAGCCAGACUCUGAGAGCCAAGUCCUACCGGUACAUUUACCCGCGCGACGUGUGGUCGAUCGUGCCUACUGUUCGCCACGUCUAUUCCCACAACGUGCUAUUCGUACCUCUUUCCGUCUUCAUGACUUCUUUCUUUGGCACCGAAAACUUCCCUGCGGCGUUGAUCUACGGUUACCUCGUGACGCAGGUAACGAACGCUAUCUACUACGAAGGUUAUUACAGCAACAAGUACCGAGCCGCAGAGACGUGGAAUCUGCCGACAGAACGCAAGUUCCGAAUGCACAUGAAAUGCUACAACGACGCGUACAACAACGUCACCUAUCAACUGAAGGACCCAGCGGAAAGCUUUUUCCGUUCUGGCGCUUUGCUCAGGGCCUACCAGAUGUUCAUGACCGAUAAAGGUAGUUCGGGUAGCUUUGUGCUACCCGCAGUCGAGCUCUCGCCAGUUCAGCUCUUCUUAGUGGGAAGCUGCAUAAACCUGUGCGUUAGGAACGACGAGACGAGGGUCAUGAACAAGGCCCUUUGCAACUGGCCCAUGAGACGCGUCAAGAUAUUCCAGCAGGCCUUCAAGUGUCAUCCCGCCGAGGCACUCGCGCACCUUCGGGUCAAUUGUUCCGGGCUCGUCAACGUCAUCAAGUCCCGAUAUCAGAACGUGUCCGUGGAGACGAGCUUUCGGUGCACGGACGAAUAA